GCUGCUCUGUUCCUCCCUCUCUCCCUCCAGAGCAGAAAUGCAGCAAAGCUUGAUCUGACUUGUCCUGCCUGCUGGAAGUACUCUCUUGCUCUUCGGGACUUAUUUGGGUGCUUUUCUCACGCUGUGAUAUGGCCAUUUCUGUCUCUCUCCAGUGUCUGGGGCUCAUCAUGCUCGCAGCAGUCCUCCUCCAGACCAUCGCAGUGGCUAUCAGUUUUAUGUACUUCAACAAAGUCCUGAACACGAUGCAGGAGAGUUUCUCCAGGAGCAGCGUUUCCUGCCUAAUAAACGCAGAUCUGCAAUUGCGGUUCGAAGAUUCAGCAGCUGAGGACAAGAAGAGCGACCCCUGCUGGCAAGUCACGCAACAGCUCCACUACCACAUAGAGAAGACGAUGGCUGACAGAUUCCAGAAAGAGAUAUCCUCUGCUAUGAGAAAUAAGCUGACGGGAGUGCUUCCUAUCCUGAGCCCUGGGGUCCCUCUUCCUAGAGUUGCGGCUCAUGUUACGGGUGUCGUCUCCUCCUCCACAGAGGCUCCAACAGCAGAAGGCUCGCGGAGCAGCAGGGGGUACCUGGGGGAGUGUAUCAGAGCGUGGGAGGGACAGAGAGGUUUAUCGUUCCUGCAGAACAUGGAGCUGAGAGGUGGAGAGCUGCUGGUGCCAAGAGCGGGCCUCUAUUACAUCUACGCACAAACCUACUUCAGACUGCCCUCCUCGGGGGAGACAGAAGGGGAAACAAAGGGGGAGAUGGGGGAAACAAGGGAGGAAGAAGAAGCACAGCUUGUCCAGUAUAUCUACAAGAAGAUGAGUUCCUACACGGUGCCCAUCCUACUGAUGAAAUCAUCCAGGAGUGCCUGCUGGCCUCGGGGUCAGGAGCCUGGUCUGUUCUCUCUGCAUCAGGCUGGUACCGCCUUUUUACAGCCUGCUGACCGCCUCUUCAUCACAGUUAGCAAUGCCAGCGCCAUGGAGAUGGACGGGAGGGCGAGCUACUUUGGGGCCUUCCUGGUGGGCUAAAGAGAGAGAAGCAUGGAUAGAAGUGUCCAGGACUAGGAUGACUUGAAGCUAACCCAAAUGUCAGGGGUUUGCUUGAUAAUAUGGGCAGCUGUCUGAGGAUAUAGGAUUGGAGAAGGAUGGACUGCCUGGAGUGCAAUCAUAUGAUGAUAUGAGCAAACCGAUCUGCAGUGGCAGACUCUCAGGGGCCCAAUAUGACAAGGAUGAAGAGCCAUUUGGCGUGCCUUUACUCCAACAGUGACCAAUUAAUUGAUCACUGUUAAACCUCACACAGGGUGUUAUCUCUGUCAAACAGAAUGUACUGCUUGACAGAGCACAGAUUAUGUGGUGCAUUCAGGCAUUUGCGGCAGUACAAUAGAUGCAGAUUAAAUGUUGCACUCUCGUGUGUGAAUGCCUCCCAUUGAGAGCACAGUGAGAUGUUUUGCCUGCAGGUCAAACAGUCAACAGCUGAGUUGUCAUCCCCAGGAAAUGACAGCAGUGUUGGAUACAUGACACUAAACUGAUCUUUUAUUAAAAAAAAAAUAAGUAUCAAAAAAUAAAUGCCACAAGAUGAGAUUUUAGAUGCUCAAUAUAAUGAAUGAAGCAUCAUUUAUGUUCACUGUACUGUACUCCUUUUCGGGAAUGUCAUGAAUGACUGUGUAGUGUGAUAAUGAUUGUGAUGACCUGUAGCCUUAAAGAGAAGCACUGAUCGAGUAUGAACUGAAUAUUAAAACUGU